GUGGGGGGGGAGUAAGAGAGGAUGUUCACGUCUUCAUCCAGAAACUCUCUGUUCUCGCCCUGGUCGUCCAUGGAGCAGUCGGACUGUGAAGCGUUGGACAUCAGCACCAAGGUGCAGCUGCACGGCGUGCUGUGGAAGAGACCGUUCGGACGGCCGUCAGCCAAGUGGUCCCGCAGGUUCUUCAUCAUCAAAGACAGCUUCUUACUUUACUAUGCCGAGAGCGAGAAGAGAAACUUUGAGACCAACCGGUACUUCAACAUCCACCCCAAGGGAGUCAUUCCUCUGGAGGGAUGUGUGGUGUCAUCCAAUGACAACCUGGGAAUGCCGUUUGCCAUCGUGGUCAACCUGGACGACUUCACUGGUACCAUAGUGGUGGCUGCAGAGUCUGAGGAGGAGCAGGUCCAGUGGAUGGAGAUGCUGCACGAGUCAGGGAAAGUAACGUGGAAGAACGCUCAGCUGGGGGAGGCCAUGAUCGAGAGUCUGGAGGCUCAGGGGCUGCAGCUGGCCAAAGAGAAGCAGGAGUACCUGGAUAAACUGAUGGAAGAGACAGAGGAGCUGAGUCACCAAAGAGCACAGAGAGAGGAGCUGGAGCGUCUGAACCAGGUUCUGGAGGAGGAGAAGAUGAAGUUUGAGGAGGUGGUGCUGGAGCUGAAGGCAGAGCAGGAGCAUAUCAAACUAGACCUGGACGGUACGGCUCAGUCUCUGAGAGGCGUGGAGAGCGAGAAAGAAGAGCUGAGCAGUUUGACCAUCAAGCUGCAGAAAUCCAUCGAGGAGCUCUCUCAGGAGAAGCAGCGGACUCUGGCGCUGCUGGGGGUGAAGCCACACGAGGAGAACGAGCGGGCGGAGGAGAGCUCGACCCGCGGGACGUCUGAGGACGGCGAGGAUCCCGGAGACGUGGACCUGCUGCAGGACCUGAGACACAUCGAGGAGCAGAUGAAGAUCCUGCUGAAGGACAAGGAGGAGGCGGACGAGAAGCUCAGGGAGAACGAGCAGCGAGCUAAAGUCCUGCAGCAGGAGAGAGAGUUCUACUCGUCUCAGGCUCGGACGCUGCAGCAGUCGCUCUCUCAGCUCACUGCAGACAAACAGCAGACGGAGGCCGAGCUCAAGGCGGAGAUCGAGUCUCGCAUAGAGCUGGAGAAGAGGCUGAAGCAGGCGGAGGAGGCUCUGCAGGACCUGGAGAAAGGCCUGAACUCUCUGGAGAGAAGCAAAGAGAGAGACGAGAAGAUGAAGGGAGACGUGACUCAGCUGAGGAGGUUCUUCGAGGAUUGUAUCUGUGCAGCCGAGAUCGAGGCCAAGCUCCCGGCGAUCAUGAAGAACGCCGUCUAUCUGCACAAAGCCGCUGCUCGCAGGAUCAAGAGCUGCAGGAUCCAGAGGAGAGCCUCCAGACGCCACUGGUUGAAACACUCCAAGUCGUUCGCCGUGGCGCCCGUCGACGGUGGCGACAUGGACGAGCUGCGGGAGACGGCCAAACGACUGACCUCGGACAGCAACUUCAGAGAGAGCGUGUACGAGAUCAUAACGCGCAAAGACGGCAAGAAUAAAAUCGAGGACUGAGAAGAGAGAGAGAGAGAGAGGAGGGGCGGUCCUUAGCUUGACCUCAGACCCCCUCACUGAGGGACGUAGAGACCCUGAUCCCAAACCCUCCUCUGAGUCCUGUAGACGACUGAGCAGAGAUCUGAGGAUCUGAAG